GGCUUUUCAAUGUGAAGGAAUCUGAUUCCAUAAAAACUAUAUAAAACAUAUCAACUGAGUAAGCAUCCCUAUUAUGUACUUAUUUUAUAAUGUAUAAAAGGGCAGCCCGAUGCACUAAGGCUUCUGCUGUGCGCAGGGUUUGUAGAAGAGCCGGACCACAAUGAUCUUUUCAUAACGUCUGAAAAAAAAACUUGAUUUCAUACUCAACAACAGAAUUUUCCUCUAGAAGGAGAAAAAUGGUUGUCUCAAGAAAUGAAAAAAUUGAGCAAGACGACAGUUCGGAAUAUGAUAGAAAAAGUGAAGUUCACGCCUUUGAUGAUUCAAAGACGGGAGUAAAGGGACUACUAGAUGCUGGUGUCACAAAGUUACCGCGUAUAUUCUUAAACAACCAGUAUGUGAGUGAAAAGAAAUCGGAUCCUGAUGUUAUAAGUGCUUUUAGCAUUCCGGUAGUAGAUUUUGAAGGCUUGGGCAAUAGUGCAGCUCAACGAGCUGAUAUAGUUCGAGAAAUAAAAGAUGCUUGUGAAAACUGGGGAUUUUUCCAGGUUGUCCGCCAUGAAAUCCCAUUAAGUAUCAUGGAGAAAGUACUACAAGGUGUCCGCCAGUUUCACGAGCAGGAUUCUGUUGUGAAGAAAGAGUUCUACUCACGUGAUAUCACGCGGAAGGUCACCUUCAAUAGCAAUUUUGAUCUACUCAAAUCCUUAGCAGCUAAUUGGAGGGACACCCUUUACUGUGUCAUGGCUCCUAAUCCUCCUGAACCUGAAGAAAUUCCCGAGGUUUUCAGAGAUGUUUUGAUCGAAUACACGGAAUACAUCAUGAAACUGGGACUUACUCUCUUUGAGCUACUUUCUGAGGCUCUACAACUCAAAUCAGAUCACUUGAAAGACAUGGAAUGUGCAGAGGGGCUUCUCGUAGCUGGCCAUUAUUAUCCGGCAUGCCCUGAACCAGAUCUCACUUUAGGCCUUAGCGGUCACACGGAUAGUGGCUUCUUGACUAUAGUAUUAGAGGAUCAAAUUGGUGGCCUCCAAGUCUUUCAUAAAAAUCAUUGGGUUGAUGUUCCUUUUUUGCCUGGAGCUCUAAUUGUGAACAUUGGAGAUCUUAUGCAGCUCAUCACAAAUGACAAGUUCAAAAGUGUUCUUCACAGAGUUCUGGCGAAAAAUGUAGGACCAAGAAUUUCAGUGCCAAGUUUUUUCAGAAUGCAUUUUCAAGAAGGCAGUGAGUCAAGAAUAUAUGGCCCGAUUAAGGAGUUGUUAUCUGACGAAAAUCCUCCAAUGUACAGGGAAACAAACAGAAAAGAGUAUGUCACACAUCUAUACAACAAAGGGCUCGAUGGAACUUCGUUAUUGUCACCUUUCAGAUUGCAGAAAUAGUCAAACUGAUUUGCAGAUAUGUUUCACCAUCUUCUCAGCUUUCUACUUGGUGUUAAACAGAUUCAGAUACGAUAAGGAAUGAAUUUAUCCAUUGGGAUAUUGUGUGUGAAAAGGCUUUUCAUUAUAAUCUUGUACACUUAUUAUCAUCCUGCUGUUCUUGAUGAUUGCAAUCUCACACUUUCAUUUGGAAUUACUACUAUAUUACUCCCUCCGUCACUUUCAUAUGUCA